UCAGCUCAGCUCUCCCCUCCCCGCCGGCCGGCCGGAUCCACCAACCCCCCACCACACCCCCUCCCCCACCUACCACUACCACACCGGACCAGACCAGAGGCAGCGGGAGAAAAAAGCAGCCACCCCCGCUCUUCGCCCGGGAACACGGGGGGGAACAGAACAGCCCGACCGGCCAAUCCAAUCCACGCGCCCGCCUCCAUGGAGGCCGCCGCCGUGCUCGACGCCUUCUCCGCCGCGCCGCGCCACAAGCUGCGCCCGGCAGCCUGGUGGAGAUCCACGCGCCUCGCGUCGCAGGCGUGCCGCGCCACCGCCCCAUUCGCCCGCGCCGACUGGCAGACCGCCUGCGCCAUCCUCGCUAGCAACAGCAGCACGGGCGGCGGCGGCGGCCACGACGCCAGCAGCAGCAGCAACAACAGGCAGCCAGCGCCGCGGGUGAACGGCCAGAAGCCCCUGCCCGCGCCCGCGCCCGCGCCAGCCCUGGAGGAGGCGACGCCGACGCCCACCGAGCUGGAUCUGGUGCCUGUGUCCAACCUCCCCCGCCCGCUCAGCAUCAGCGACCUGUCCCCGGCGCCCAUGCACGGGUCGCAGCUCCGCGUGGCGUACCAGGGCGUCCCGGGCGCCUACAGCGAGGCCGCCGCCGCCAAGGCCUACCCGGGCUGCGACGCCAUCCCCUGCGACCAGUUCGAGGUGGCCUUCCAGGCCGUGGAGCUCUGGAUCGCCGACCGCGCCGUGCUCCCCGUCGAGAACUCCCUCGGCGGCAGCAUCCACCGCAACUACGACCUCCUCCUCCGCCACCGCCUCCACAUCGUCGGGGAGGUCCAGCUCCCCGUCCACCACUGCCUCCUCGCGCUCCCCGGGGUGCGCAGGGAGCUGCUCACCCGGGUCAUCUCCCACCCGCAGGCGCUGGCGCAGUGCGAGCUCACGCUCAACGCCAUGGGACUCAACGUCGCCCGCGAGGCCUUCGACGACACCGCGGGCGCCGCCGAGCACGUCGCCGCGGGCGGGCUAAGGGACACCGCCGCCAUCGCGUCCGCGCGCGCCGCGGAGCUCUACGGCCUCCAGGUCCUCGCCGACGGCAUCCAGGACGACGCCGGCAACGUCACCCGAUUCGUCAUGCUGGCGAGGGAGCCCAUCAUCCCGCGCACCGAUAGGCCCUUCAAGACCAGCAUCGUCUUCGCACACGACACCGACGGCACCUCCGUCCUCUUCAAGGUGCUCUCCGCCUUCGCCUUCCGCGACAUCUCACUCACCAAGAUCGAGAGCCGACCGCACCGCCACCGUCCCAUCCGCCUCGUCGACGACGCCAACGUCGGCACCGCCAAGCACUUCGAGUACAUGUUCUACAUCGACUUCCAGGCAUCCAUGGCCGACGUCCGCGCGCAGAACGCGCUCGCGGAGAUCCAGGAGUUCACAUCCUUCCUCAGGGUGCUCGGGAGCUACCCCAUGGACAUGACGCCGUGGGACGCCGCGCUCUCCUCUUCCUCUCGCGCCGACGAUACCAGCCAGCACUACUAGCUAGUGAUUGGGUCAGCCAACCAAACCAAGGAUCCACCAAUUCAUUCGACGGACAAGAAAUGUUGCUUUUUAAUCAGUCAGUCAUCAGUCAUCACAGGAAUGCGCAAGAAACGUUGCAUCUGCGUGCAUCCUGCAUCUGCGUGCUCCUAGUUGCUCCGAAUUUCGUGACCAAAUUCGUAGAAACGGAGAAGGGGCUCCUGUUGUAUGUAUGCUGGGGAUGUAUGUAAGUACAGUGUAUUCUUUCUUCUUUACAAACCUACUCUCUAUCUUGCAACAAACCAAAUCAAGUGAACCCAUCAAAACCAUCUCUUCUUUUUUUUGCAACAAACAA